GAACAACAACAAUCAGCAUCUGACAAUUUGAUAAGAGGGGAAGUUUAAAAGUGAUUUAAGAGAAGAUGGUAUCAUAACUCGUGACGUCCUCGUGAUAACUGGACUGUGGAGUCCGUCAAAAGACGGAGAGAGUUUGUUUCUAGUCGUUUGUGUCCGCAGUUUUCGAGAGUAGAAAAUGAGCAGCAAUAGAAAUGCAACCGCAGACUUGUAUAGUGAACGCGUCGCCGGGGACAUCGAAGGAAACGACACUACACCUUUAUUGACACAUGGAUCAGCGCCGACUAGAACCAACGGAGCCUCCUUCGCCUCCUCUGUGUUCAACCUGAUGAAUGCCAUCAUGGGCAGCGGCAUAUUGGGUCUAGCUUAUGCUAUGGCUAACACUGGGAUAUUGGGUUUUUGUAUCCUGUUAGUACUAGUGUCCAGCCUGGCAGCGUACUCUAUACAUCUCCUUCUGAAGCUAUGUGACCAAACAGGUAUAAAUUCAUAUGAAGACCUUGGAGGGAGAGCCUUGCAAAAACCAGGAAAAGUGCUGGUUGGAGUUUCCAUUAUCAUCCAAAAUAUGGGCGCCAUGUCUUCCUAUUUGUUCAUCCUGAAGUCAGAGCUUCCUGCAGCCAUCGACAGCCUCUUGAAUCCACAAAGCAUAGGACAUGCCUGGUAUGAAGAUGGCAGGUUGCUUCUAGUCCUAGUCACACUUUGUGUUGUACUACCUCUGUCAAUGUUGCCUAAAAUUGGCUUCCUGGGCUACACGAGCAGCAUUGCCUUUUUCUUUAUGCUGUACUUUGCAAUUGUGGUUGUGGUCAAGAAAUGGUCCAUCCCUUGCCCACUGCCUCGCAAUGUGACUACACUUUCAGGUGCCUUCCAGAUAUCAAAUUCCUCUGACUCAGAAUGUACACCCAAACUCUUUGUCAUCUCCAGUAAGAGUGGCUACACCAUCCCCACCAUGGCCUUCUCCUUCCUGUGCCACACAGCUAUCCUGCCAAUCUACUGUGAACUGGACCGGCCUACUAAGUCCAGGAUGCAGAACAUUACAAAUGUCAGUAUUAGCCUCAGCAUCCUGGUUUACCUCAUUUCUGCGCUGUUUGGCUACCUCACCUUCUACGCUCAUGUGGACUCUGAGCUGUUGCUCGACUACGAUGUGUAUAUGCCUCGGGACAUCAUGGUGAUGGUGGUUCGACUGGCCAUCCUGCUCUCUGUGCUGCUGACUGUUCCCCUUAUUCACUUCCCUGCCCGUAAGGCUGCCAUCUUGCUGCUGUUUGGAGGACGGCCCUUUUCCUGGCUGAUCCACAUCUUUGCAACUCUAAUCAUCCUGGGCGUCGUGGUCACGCUGGCCAUCUUUGUGCCUGAUAUCAGAAAUGUGUUUGGAGUAGUGGGAUCGACAACAUCCACCUGCCUGUUAUUUGUUUUCCCCGGCAUUUUCUACCUCAAGCUCAGCACAGAACCCCUCAGAUCCUUUGACUCCAUUGGGGCUAUAUUUCUGGUGGUCUUUGGUUUCAUUGUGGGAAUCAUCAGCCUCUCCAUCAUUGUCAUCACAUGGGCACAGAACUCAUAACCCCGUCUGGCCUCCCUUUCAGGGUAAAGCGUGCCAGAGAAACGGAACAGUGGAUACAAAAAGGGAACAGACAGCAUCACCUCAAGCAGAUCAUUUGUGGUUAAUAACACUACACCAGUGUUUGUUACGUUCUCUCUCACAAACAUGGACCAAAUUUACAUGGACUUUUCAUGUUAUAAUUUUGCACAUUGUUGUUUACACAGUGACUUUUGAUGUAUAACUGAAUUCAGGGAAAUUUAUUAUUUUGUGAUCUUGCAAGAACAAAAUAUAUGUGAAGUUUACUGUGUCAGAACGAUGCAAGGAACUGUCAGGCAAGUUGUCUGCAAACCUUUAAGUUCAUUUUAUGUACCUUAUUUUAUCUUUACGUUCUGACAGCCUUUGUAUUGUGCUGUGUGGAUGAUUACACACCUGAUGUAAACCAAUCUGUAGUAUUUAAAAAUGCUGUUGAAGUCUUAACCAAGUCUUAACCAUGAAUGAGUCAGGUUUACCUCUUUCUCAGAUUUUGUUUGUGGAACAUUUUUACAGUUUUAGAUACACAAUCACAAACGUUCAUUACCUGUUUUUAUUUGUAUCACCUGGUUGUUUUUUGAUUUUUCUUUCCAGCUUGUUUUAUGUAACGUAAUGCAUGUACCUUUCUGCUGCUACUCGUAAUCUUUACCUAUUAAUGAAUGCAACAAAAAUGAUUAUAUUGUUCAAAUUACAGGCAUUUAAUAUAAGUGGAAUUGUUUAUGUA